GUACCUCCUCCUCACCUUUCGAUUAGCUGCCACAUGGUGUCCGCCGCAAGCAUGUGAGCUUCCACCAUCAGAGACGACAUCGAGGAGAUGGGGGUGUGUUUUCUCCACGCCCUCCCGCCCCAUGAUGCUUCAUCGACGGACUCAUCUUCGGACCCACGCAUCACCGAGCUUCUCGUCGCCUACGGCGACGUGUUCGAAGGCCCGCACGGAGUAGUACCGGAUCGGCCCAUCCGCCACGAGAUCAUCCUCGAGGACGGGGCUGUACCUUUGCGUGGUUGCAUCUACCGAAUGAGCGAGGAAGAGUUAAGUGUGCUGCGGGCACAACUCGACGACCUUCUUGAGAAAGGCUGGAUUCGGUUUAGCUCAUCGCUAUACGGUGCUCCCGUUCUCUUCGUCCGGAAGAAGAACAAGGAUUUGUCGUUAUGCAUCGAUUAUCGCAAGCUCAACGCGCAAACGGUCAGAAACGCCGGCCCUCUUCCACGCAUCGACGACCUUCUCGAACGGCUGGGCGGCGCGAAGUUCUUCUCCAAGCUUGACCUCAAGUUGGGAUAUCACCAACUCGAGAUUCGGCAGGAGGACCGCUACAAGACCGCCCGGAGUUUGGACGAGCAUGUGGAACACCUGCGCACCGUUUUGGAGCGGCUACGACAAGCCAAGUACAAAGCCAACCGCGACAAAUGCAAAUUCGCGUGGCAGGAGCUGGAGUACUUGGGACAUUAUGUGACGCCGCAAGGCAUUCGUCCGCUUGCGGACAAGAUCGAGGCCCUCCGCGUAUGGCCCGAGCCCACCAACACCACGGACGUCCGUUCAUUCAUGGGGUUGGCGGGCUACUAUCAGCGAUUCAUCACCGGGUACUCAAGGAUUGCUGCACCUAUGACGAUAUUACAAUCGCCAAAGGUGCCAUUCGUAUUCGAUGACGACGCACGCCCGUCAUUCCAAGCACUUAAGACGGUCAUGCUCAUGGCACCCGUCCUUAGCAUCUAUGACCCCACCCUGCCUACGAGAGUGACAACUGACGCUUCCAGCUAUGGCAUUGGGGCAGUCUUGGAACAACACGAUGGUGACGACUGGCACCCUGUGGAGUAUUUCAGCCACAAAGUGCCUCCCAUCAAUUCGCUUGAUGAUGCAAGGAAGAAGGAGUUGCUCGCGUUCGUGAUGGCUCUCAAGCGAUGGCGGCACUUCCUCCUUGGGCGUCGUAGGUUCACAUGGGUCACUGACAACAACCCAUUGACCUACUACAAGAUGCAGGAUACGGUGAGCAGCACGAUCGGACGAUGGAUGUACUUCAUCGACCAAUUUGACUUCACACCGAAACAUCUCCCCGGCCUCUCCAAUCGCGCAGCAGAUGCACUUUCGCGAAGACCUGAUCUUUGCACUAUGACACAUCAUGCUUUCGCAUUUGACGAGGAACUCCAGCGACACUUCAUCCGGGGCUAUGAGUUUGAUCCGGACUUCGCCAUGUUGUACGCGCAGCUAUCUUCGGAUCACCCGCCGACCAGCCACUAUCGCAUUGCCGACGAGUACUUGCUCCUCAACUCGAGAGGCAAGGACUUAUUGUGUGUCCCACGAGACCGUCGUCUUCGUACUCGCCUUCUCGGUGAGUACCAUGACUCGCGACUCGCCGGCCAUUUCGGAGUCAACCGCACCAUUGCACGGCUUCAACAACGAUUCCGAUGGCCCGACCUCAUUACCAAUGUCACUCGGUAUUGCGACUCUUGCGAAGUUUGCCGACGAAGCAAGCCCCGCAAUCGCAACCCCUACGGCGAGUUGCGCCUGAUGCCUAUCCCACGGGAACCCGGCCUCUCCAUUGCCAUGGAUGUCACCGGACCAUUUCCCCGUGAUCGCCUCGGGUACGACGGCAUCCUAACGGUUGUGGACCGUUUGAGUAAGUAUACGCGUUUUCUCCCUUGUAAGUACUACUCCACGGCUCCCGAGCUGGCACGCCUAUUGCACACCAGUUGGAUUUGCGGCCAUGAUGUACCGGAAGACAUAGUCAGCGACCGCGACACUCGCUUCUUGUCGACAUUUUGGACUGCUCUCAUGCAGGAGUCCGACACGAAGAUGAAACCAAGUUCGGUUCGGCAUCAUCAGACGGACGAGCAAACGGAGCGGGCACAUCAAACCGCUCAAAUGAUGCUUCGUACGCUCAUCCGUCCAGACCAGAAAGAUUGGGUUGACCGCCUCCCUGACAUCAAGUUCGCCUACAACACUUCGGUGCACCCGACGAUCGGCGUGACUCCAUUCGAGUUGCACCACGGUGGACGGAAAGGUCGUAUCUUCGCCGACCUUCUCCUCCCACGACCAGCCGACAUCGGCGCCGCUUGCUCUCCCGCUUCCGUCCGGAAGUACAGGGAGUUGCUGCCUCAAGCCCGUGCAAAUAUGCAAAAGGCUCAAGUCCGCAUGCAGCAGCAAGCCAACAGGCGUCGCGUGCCAUGUCCCAUCCGCGCCGGUGAUCUGGUUUGGGUCUCCGCGGAAGAGUUUGUACUGGAACAAGAUGUUUCACGCAAACUGUUUCCCAAGUGGUUUGGACCAUGACCCGUAACAUCAGUCGCGGGCGAUGAGCCCGAUGACCCUUCAUUUGUGAUCAACAUC